UCUUAAAUUGCAGGUUUCAAAAUAAACCAUGUAUCUUUGAGAGAAGUAAUCUCAGUGACAAAUGUGAGUGCAAAAUUAAAAUGGAAGAGUUUGUCAGAGCAGAGAUCUACACUGCUACACUUCUGGAAGGAACAUAUGUUUUAUUAAACAAAACAUUAAAGACUGAAGACUUCAUCAAACCGAAAACUCCAGUCUUAUCAGUGCAGAAGACUGAAAAUGGAAACUUUAAUGUAACUUGGGAUGACCAGUAUAAAAUAAGUGAUUUAAAAAAUUUCUUGGAAUCCUUGACAAUAAACCUGACCUAUGGCAUCAAAGGAGGACUUGAAAAGAUAUCCAAGACGGUGCAGAACACUGUGGGAUCCUUUGAAAUUGUGGGCAAAAAUCUCCAGCCAAAUACCGACUACGUUCUGACAGCAACAAUAAGCACAGGCUAUAAUGAUCAUAGUGUAUCUAGUGACCAGAGCGCACCAGUUGAGUUCACCGCACCCUCAUCCCCAAAUGAAAAGGCCAAAAUGGUGAUUCCAACUCUCUGUCUUGGUUUAAUCAUCAUCAUUUUUGUUAUCUUCUACUGUAUUUUGAGAAUGAAGAUGAAUUGGUGGGACAAAAUCCCCAAGCCAAAUAUAGAUGCCAAUCUUGGAGAGGAGAAGGGUCAUAUUUUGCCUCCAUCUGUUAUGAAGUUCUCCCAAAUCCAUGCAGAGAUCCCAACACUGGACCUUCAUGAGGAUAUGAAAUUGAAUCAGUGCAUCAGUGUUUCGGAAAAGGGAAAUGAUGCAGAUGUCUGUUUGAGUCUUUCAAAUGAUGUUGAUGCUGAUGAGAAGUGUAUCAUGAACAAUCUCAUUGCCUUCACAAAUCCACUCUAUCCUACUCUUAUUCUGGAUGAUGGCAGUGUCACACCAACUGAUGAAGGAUAUCAGGCUUUUCAAGGCUUAACAAAGAGCACAGAAGGACAGUUGAGCUCGAGCGUCAGUACUGAACAAGCACUAAAUGCAUCUGGAGCUUUGAAAUUCCCCUAGAGCACCGGCCAAGAACCCACAUCUGUCCAGCAGAGUUCUUUGCAUUUCUCACCAAGUAUUCAAAUAGACAGUUCGUAUCAGUGUGUUUAACUGUGCUCUAAAAGCAAAUGAUAUAUAUAUAUAUAUUUGGUAAUUUUUGGUUGUUCCAUUUUGAGUGGAAUACGUUGAACAAUUCAGACCAGCAAGAGCAAUAAGAGCUCUUUUAAAAUAGAUAUUUUAAAUACUAAUUCUUUCUUUAGACUCCAAAACCUUGAAUUUGAAAGUUACAUUUUGAACAGUAAGAGGUUUGUUGGUAUCUCAUGUAUAUAUAGAGUCAGUUAGUUAGUUAGAAAUGCCUCCAGUCUCACUUAAUAGCUGUUAGAUUAUUUCAUGAUCUCUGUCACGUAUUAAUGUGAGUUUGCCUCCUCCUCCCUUCUUACUCGUCCUCUUCUACAGGUGUUUCCUGUUUUUCCUACAUAUGAUGUGUUUCUUCUUUUCUUUGUCUUCUUUGAUCCUUCUCCUUGUCUCCCUCCUCUCAUCUGUGUUUUCUCUCUCUAUGCUUUAGUCUUGUCUCUUUACCCAAAUGUAUACGCGCACGCGCGGAUGAUACCUAAAGGUGAAUGGGUGAAGAUUGGUGGGGGGACCUUUUAGGCCCAGGUUGAUGAGUUUAGUCUAACCUUUGCAUAAAGUUGAAAGGCUCAGUGCCAGUAUUAUUCCUUGUAUGUCCAGUUAUUCCUGAUCACAUGUAUGUUAUAUAUAACUUGUUGUUUUGGCUUAUAUCCAACACAU